GGUUUUGUGAUUGCACAAAUCCCAAUACCGUUUAUGAAGCAUGCUAGGUCUGACAACAAUCCCAGAUGUAGGAACAAGUUCCACAUCCUAGAAAAAUCCCAGAAUCCUUUGCAUUAUGAACCAAGCUGAGCUCCAACAUCUGGUCUCCAAACUAAGGGUCAAUGUGCUCCACAAGAAAUUGCCCCGACACGCCCAUGGUCCCCGCGGAUCCUUGGAACUCAUUCGUACUCGAGUCACGGCCUUGAUCGCGAAUGAACGAAUUGAAUGUGCUCCCUACUCCGCGGAAAUAACCCGUCUUUACACAGAGCGUCUCAUCUCAGACGCCAUCCUCAAUGGAGAGAAACACGCCCACACCAUGGAAAUGGCCACGUGGUGGUUGGCCGAGGAUAAAUCAGCCAUUCACAAGCUAUUCAAGGUUUUAGUGCCCAGGUUUCAGGAUUCAAGGAAGUCUUACACUCAAAUUUGGACGGUGCCCGUGAAUUACGAGACCACCCUUCAGGCUCCGAGCCGAGCAUGGGAUGGGAAAUUGAAGGUGGUGGAGCUACGAGGUCAUCCCUUGCCCAAGUUGGAGUAUUCGAAUAGCCAACCCAAUCGAAAUCAUAUUCACAAUUUUUUGUUAUCGGAGGCCAAGCGGGAUUUCAAUCUCACGGCCGUAGCUCAGGCCAUCGCAGAUCAAGAGCUCAAAGAGUUCAAUGCCAAACAUGGGGAAAAUCCUGAUGAUGCUGAAAAAUGAUCUUGUGUUCAAAUCUCAAUGAUAUAAUAAAUCGUUUAGUCCCGUCUGAAA